AUGGCGCGCGGCGUCGCGCUGUGGCUGCUGCUGCUCGCCAUGGCCACGCGCGCAGGUGAGCCGCCGAGUGGCGUUGCGCGCCGAGCGCGUCUCGCGGGCGGAUCGGAGGGUGCGCCCGUCGCUGCCCUCGCCGCACACGCGACUGCAGCACGCGGCGCUAUGCCUGCUGCGGUCGCCCCCCCCCCUCACUGCCCCCCCCCCUCACUGCUCCCCCCCCUCACUGCCCCCCCCCCUCACUGCUCCCCCCCCUCACUGCCCCCCCCCCUCACUGCCCCCCCCCCUCACUGCCCUUCCUCUUCUCUCCUCUUUCUCUUCUCUCCUCUUCCUCUUCUCUCCUCCUCUCUUCUCAUCUCUUUCUCUUCUCUCCUCUUCCUCUUCACUCCUCUUCCUCUUCUCUCCUCUUCUCCU